CGAGGCGGUGAAGUCGCAGAUAAUGGCAUUUUGGCUGUUGUAUCUCGCAGUGUGGCGGUAGCAUGGCGGUAGCAUGGCAUACCGUUGGGUUAUCAAGACUGCUGUGCCCUGAUGGCAGAUACGUACCGUGAGCAUAUAUUGAGGCCACGUUCAUUCAGACUAAUCUCCAUUGGCUUUCUGUUUUCGCAUACCUCUUCAGCCCGAGUUGGUGGUUGGCACCAGCCUUGUUCAUACCACCUACAAGUACUUCGCACUUGCUCGAUACAUCUCGACGCAUGUUAGCCUUCCCGCCCCUAUUUACUUCUCCUCUCUCCCUCUCUCUUUCCUGCCAAUACUCCAUAAUCGAAACAAACAACAUGACCUUCCACGAGUAUCUUCCGGCGCCAACCAAUGCCAUCAUCGAAUACAUCGCAUUCGCCGUUAUUUCCGUCGCCAAGUACAUUCUGCAAGCCUCUCACCAUCUUCCCUGGUUCUACAGGACGCACAGCUUUACCACUAUCUGGUAUGGAUCGCAAGCCGAAAACUGGUGGCAGAAGUUCAUGUGCCCUGGCAAGGGCACGCAAUGCAUUCAUGAAGCGGUCACUGAUGCAACAGCGAGGCUCACGCAGGCACAAUUCGAGGACGAGCUCGCUGUUCUCAUGUUACUGGCAGCGGUGGGGUUGGGGCUAAGGUUGGGGCUAUGGUUGAAAAACAAAUACGGGUCCGUCAGCCACAUGUUUCGUCAGAUUCUUGGUCAUGCCAAACCGUGCUGUCCUGGCUGUUCCGGACGCAGAGGGAGGAGGCCAAACAGGGAAGGGAUGGAGGUGUGACAGCCCAGUCAGGAUUGAGCAUGUAUCGGCAUGGAGUUCGUCCUACAGCGUCGGUUGGUGCUCUUCACAAGUUCUGACAGGCGACAUUGGAGCGUGUUGAUCAGGUGGUUUUGACUGUCUUUGCAGUGUAACUCAUCAGCAUGCGAGAGCUAGCGUUGUUGAAUCUUGGUACAUAGCCGCAGAUCGCAGC